AUGGGUCGCGAUGAUCAGGUCGAAGAGCGCGAGGUGCUCAGCUCUAUUUUUCCAGAUGAGAUUACAGAUAUAUCCGACACAUCAUACCGGAUAUUGAUCACUCUCGAUCCUCCAGAGAACUAUGACACCGAAGCAGAACCGCCAAUCCUGUUUUUACAGGUCUCAUACCCAGAGGAAUAUCCGGAUGUAGCUCCAGAUCUCGAAAUCUCUGCUCCACCUAAUGCUUCUAAACAUCCCCUUCUUGACUUGCAAGAGGACCGCGCGCGUCUGCUCGAGACCCUACAGCCUACCAUCGAAGAAAACUUAGGGAUGGCGAUGGUUUUCACUCUGGUCAGCGCCCUCAAGGAAAGUGCUGAGCAGCUGAUGGCUGAACGUGCGAAUGCUGUCCAAGCGAAGAGAGAGAUGGAGAUCGCCCAGGCGGAAGAGGAGGAAAACCGCAAAUUCCAGGGCACUCUUGUGACCAGAGAAAGGUUUUUGGAGUGGAAAGAAAAGUUCACGAAGGAAAUGGAGGAGGAGGAACAGCGAAAAUUGGAGGAGAAGGAAGCAGAGGAGAAGAAAAAGAAGCCAUCUGCACGAGAAGAGAAGAAACUCACCGGCAGGCAACUAUGGGAGACAGGUCUGGCUGGAAAGGGCGACUAUGAUGAGGAAGACGAGGAGGAUAUUCCAGCAGCGAUGGAGAGGAUGAAAGUAACCGCCUGA